GUGCUACGCCACCAAGAGUCCCUCCUCCCGGCUGCUGCGGGGACGCGGCGGGGUCAGUCGCGGUUGGGCUGCUCCGGACGGGUCUGAGCCUUUGGGUCUGUGGUGACGGGCAGAGGUGGCCACAGGGUCCGGACCUGCUUGUUCCGGCGGUGGAUGCGACAGACUGACCUUGGUCGCUGUUAUUUGUAGCUUGCAGCCCAGGGUCGGAGCCGAUGGCGGCUUGGGCGAGCAGGGCCGCUGCCCGAGGCUUGCGGGCGCGAGACCCCGGGGUCCGGACAGUUACUCCGCGCGCUCCCCUUCCCUCCCAGCCCGAGCCACCCGGCCGCGGCCCCGCUCCGGGCAGAGCACUGCACCUCUCCGCAGCGGCCCCCGCCGGGCACAACAAGUGGUCUAAAGUCCGCCAUAUCAAGGGUCCCAAGGACAUCGAGAAGAGUCGUAUCUUUGCCAAACUCUGUCUGAACAUCCGCCUAGCGGUUAAAGAGGGAGGCCCCAACCCUGAGCUCAACAGCAGCCUGGCCAACAUCUUAGAGGUGUGUCGCAGCAAGCACAUGCCCAAAUCAACGAUUAACACAGCACUGAAAAUGGAGAAAACUAAGGACAUUUAUUUGCUGUAUGGGGUUCGAGGUCCUGGUGGCUCUUCUCUGCUCAUUGAAGCGUUAUCUAACAGUGGCUCCAAGUGCCAAUCAGACAUAAGGCAUAUUCUGAACAAGAAUGGGGGAGUGAUGGCUGAAGGAGCUCGUCACUCCUUUGACAAAAAGGGGGUGGUUGUGGUUGGAGUGGAGGACAGAGAGAAGAAAGCUGUGAACCUAGAGCGUGCCCUGGAGUUGGCAAUUGAAGCAGGAGCUGAGGAUGUCAAGGAAACUGAAGACGAAGAAGAAAAGAGCAUUUUUAAAUUUAUUUGUGAUGCCUCUUCACUGCAUCAAGUGAGGAAGAAGCUGGACUCCCUGGGCUUGUGUUCUGUGUCCUGUACACUAGAGUUCAUCCCCAACUCAAAGGUGCAGCUGGCUGACCCUGACCUGGAGCAGGCUGCUCAUCUCAUCCAGGUUCUCAGCAACCACCAGGAUGUGAUUCACGUCUAUGACAACAUCGAGUAACCAGUCUGUAUGUGCGCCUGGCCUUCUUCCUAGGCAAGUGGCUGCCAUUCUGGAGCACAGGCUUCUGCAGCAAUCUCUGAGACUGCAGCAGUGGGAGGCCUAGCAGGUUAGGAUGCCUAAGGCUGGGACUUGUGACCUUGAGGCCAAGGGAAUCCCACACUUCUGUAGGACCUCUUUGUUGGCUCUGCUGGUGUGUCAGAGCCCACCUGGAUGAGUCUCCCAACACCCUCCUGGGUCUGGUCAGACUAUGACCUUAGGUAGUUGGCCUUUGUGGGGAUUGUAAGUGCUGUGAGGCCCUAUGUACAAGAAACUGCUCUUAAAUAAUAACAGUGAUUGAACUUGGUUGCUGCA